AUCCACACAAAAAGUAAAAUGUGUUCACAGAAUUUUAUUCAACUGCCACCUGUAGCCAUGGGUCCCAGAAGAAAUACCUAAGACUCAAUAUGCAUGGUAGGAAGCAAGAGGCGUGACAAGAGGGCUAACAACUAACUGAAACAUCCAUUUCCAGCUCCUAACAUGGUUAAGGCUCCUCCCACACCUUACACUCUCCCACGCCUGCCUUGGGAAAGCUUGGCCCCGCCUCCCAAUUCCAAUCAAGUCUUCUCCAGGGCAUUAGGCCCUCCCUCACAUUCUCUUCAACCCCAUAGACCUUGGGAAGCACCGGUGCACUACCAACUGCUUAGCCUUGUCAGGGGCCUAGAAGGUCCACAAAAUCCCGCCUGGCACCGCCCACCCAAGGCUGCGCCCACCUCCGCGAGUACUUCCGGCGGCGACAGCUCGGCGCUGACCUCCACGCAGCCCAGCGAGGCCAGCGAAGCCGGCGGACCCAGCUAGCCAGGCGCGAUGGACGGUCGGGUGCAGCUGAUGAAGGCGUUCUUGGCUUGGCCCCGGCCCAACCCGCGCCGCUGGAGG